AUACAAAGCAAUCACCCAAGUGACCAAGCAAAGAGCCAACACACACACUGUGCCACUGUGUACUCCACCCGAGCUGAGCUCACUGCUCACUCGCUCAUCCGCCAACCUCCAAGAAGAGCUCAAUAAUGGCGAGCUCCCCCCGCGCCGCGCCCCUCCUCGCCGCCGCCGCCGCGCUCCUCCUCGGCCUCGCCGCGGCGGCGGCCACGGCGGCGAACGGCGCGCCGGCGGCCAGUGACUUCAUCCGCAAGUCGUGCCGCGCGACGCAGUACCCGGCGGUGUGCGUGCAGAGCCUGGCGUCGUACGGCGGGACGGCGCCGCCGCGGAGCCCGCGGGAGCUGGCGCGCGCCGCGCUGUCGGUGAGCGUGGACCGGGCGCGGUCGGCGUCUGCGUACGUGGGCCGCCUCUGCGGCCCCGGCGGCGGCGGCGGCCACGGCGCCGGCGCCGGGCCAGUCCGUGACUGCCUGGAGAACAUGGCGGACAGCGUGGAGCACCUCCGCGACGCGGCGCAGGAGCUCGGCGGCAACAUGGGGCGCGCCGGCUCGCCGGGGUUCAAGUGGCACCUGAGCAACGUCCAGACGUGGUGCAGCGCCGCCCUGACCGACGAGAACACCUGCCUCGACGGGCUCUCCCGCGGAGUGGACGCCGCCACCCGCUCCGCCAUCCGCGGCAAGAUCGUCGAGGUCGCGCAGGUCACCAGCAACGCCCUCGCCCUCGUCAACCACGUCGGCCCCGCCGGCAACUAGCCACCGCAUCCAUCGCCUCGCCUCCAUGGCCGGUUUGCUUGCUAUCUGCAUCAACACAUACUCUACUAAUUAAGUUUGUUCUUGAGGUUAAUUAGCUUCUUGUCUUGGUGGUAACUCCUCGUUGUUAUGUAACUAUAUACUAGUCGAUUCAGACUUUAAAAAAAAGUCGAUGUAAUGGUUGAGUCUUACACUGAACAAGUGGUGAGUAAUUAAUCUGUGUUUUGCUUGCUAGGCAUAAGUUAAAUUCGUUCGAGAACCAA